AUGGUACCUCCCGCAUCAAUUGGUUACGUAGAAGCUGAGGCACGGGUCAUCCGUGGUACCGACAGAAUUACCUCAUUCAUUGUCGCCGCAGGUGAAUACAAGGCUCAUAUUCAAAAUGCCGGCAAACGUUCAAAAGUUGACAACAUGCUGCGAGACGUGAACGACAUCCGUGCAAAAGUCGAAGAGGAUAUCCAGUACACGGAACGGGCUGUAAGUCAAGGCAUUGCGCCGAUGGAUGUCACUGAUACAAAGGACAGUCGGGCACUCUCUGCUGCAUUCGACAAUCUCUAUUACGAGCUCACCGCCAUUUCUGAUGUACAUAAAUUUACGCUGGGACGAGUCCAUGAUCAAUCAGUCACUCCGAACAUGGGCCCAAAUAAUAGCAUGGCAAAUCUGUCUCACUAUCAACUACCAAAACGCAAGUUCCCUACGUUCUCUGGUUCAAUUACGGAAUGGCAAGGAUUUGACGAUCUUUUCAACUCAAUUAUGUCCCACAUGGCAGACCUUCCUGCAUGGAGUUUAUUACGUGCCCGAUAUGGGAAGAAGAGGGAUUUUGCCAGAGUCCAUCUUGAAGCUCUUUUAGUUUCACACUCUGUGCUAUCUAACGAUGCCGGUUCUAUAAAAUCUCUCAUCCAGUCAAUUCUUGAACAUACAGCAGCUUUGGACAACCUGGAUCUAACCACCCGGCUAUGGAGUCCAAUCUUGAUCCACAUUUUCGAAAAAUAUUUGGAUUAUGACCUUCGUGCUCGGUGGGAAAUGAUUCUUGGUGAACGGCACCAACCACAGAUUUCCGAAUUCGUUGAGUUUUUGCGCUCUCACGUGCGGUCCGCUGAAGCUCGGUCAGGACUUUAUUCUGCAGUGAUUCAAGGUUCUGUUGGUCGAUUCCAACCCUCUGAAAAAUCGAAAUCCAACCAUCGUCAGCGUCCUAUAUACUCGUCAAAAGCACUGGUUGCAACCACUAACCAGUCUUCCGCUCCGUCAAAACCUUGUCCAUUGUGUACACAGGUCGAUUUGAUACGCCAGUGCCAAAUUUUCAUAAACCAAAGCCCAACAGAACGGUUCGAAACCAUGAAGAAAUUUCAACUCUGCAUUAACUGUUUGGGCGCUGGACACUCUACGGCAGAAUGUCCAUCAAAACACACUUACCACUCGUGUUAUAAAAAACACCACACAUUGUUGCACUUUCCAACCAGCCCACCCAUCAUCGCAGGUAUUCAGUCACCAACAUCAAUGUUCGUUGCCACAAAUAAACCUCAGACCAUACUACUAUCUACGUUACUCAUCAGUGUCGUGUCAGUGAACAACCAGAAACAAACGUUUCGAGCCCUAUUAGAUACGGGCGCGCAGGUUAGCUUCAUUACCAAGAAAAGUGCAGAUCGCCUAGCGUUACCUAUACGUCGCUGUUCAACACAAAUAAGUGCCUUCUCGGGUGCAUCGGUCAACGCGGUGUCGGGCGCCAUUUCGAUCAGCAUGUCACCAGUAGACAAUUCAGAACCGUCUAUUCCUCUUGAUGUUUACAUUGUAGCAAAAAUAACGGAACCCUUACCUCAAACUUCAUUCACAUUCACCGCGUUGCCUCAUUUGAACAAAUUGAAUCUAGCGGAUCCAACAUUUAAUAUUCAAGGUCCAAUUUACAUUCUGUUGGGCGCCGAUGUCGCCCCAUCCAUCCUCACCGGAAACCGUGUUGCCGGACUUCAGUCACACCCAACAGCCUUCAACACUGUUUUCGGAUGGGUUCUGAUGGGACCAGUCACACCAAGUACAACUACUGAAGUUACGUCAAUGCUCGUCACCACUGAGACAUCACUCGAACAGUCUCUAAGUAAAUUUUGGGAAAUGGAAGAACCCCCUCACACGGAACACCUGAGUUCCGAUGAAGUGCAAGCUGAAGCAAUAUUUACUUCGUCCGUCAAGCGCCUAGUAUCUGGGCGAUUCAGCGUUGCACUACCAUUCAAACAACCACAUCCAAUAUUGGGAGACUCCAAAGAUAUGGCACUUAAGCGAUUUCAUUAUUUAGAGCACCGAUUAUCACGUGAGGAAGGGCUCUCACAACAAUACAAAGAUUUUAUGAGAGACUACUUCACAAUUCAACAUAUGGAAGUCAUUCCCACAAACCAAAAAAUGACUCCAUACUGUUACUAUAUACCACAUCACUGCAUCUUACGCCCAGACAGUCUUACAACGAAACUCAGGGUAGUUUUCGAUGCAUCUGCUACCACUACCGUUGGACGAUCAUUGAACAGCAGCUUAUAUACGGGUCGUAAGCUCCAACAAGAUCUACCACAGAUUUUGAUCCAAGCACGUGUUCACAAAAUAUUGUUCACAGCAGAUAUCAAACAAAUGUACCGGCAGAUCGAAAUCCAUCCCGAACAUAGAGAUUAUCUAAGAAUUCUAUGGCGUUUCAACCGCGACCAGCCAAUCGAAGAAUAUCGUUUAUGCACCGUCACUUACGGGAAAUCUUGUGCACCGCAUUAG